CGUUUUCGUGGUUUAAAAAAACCCAAUUUCUAUGUAAUAAUGCUUGUCAUCUAUAACAAGAAUACAAAUAUACAUUAUACUGUGUAAUUUUCCAAAAAUCCCCAGAUUUUGAUGUCUAACCCAAUUUAUGUACAAGUUAUUUAAUUUUAUUUGCCGCCAUCACAUUUCUCAUGCUGCUUGAACUUUUAUGCAAAAAGUGAAUACACAACAUCAGUAAUGGCAGACGAAGCGAGAAAAAUAAAUGUCUUGCAGAAUUCUCAUGAACGUGAUAAGACUUUGUUUGAAUCUUUGUCAAGGACUGUCAGGUCUGUUAUAACACCAUCGUGGUUGACUGAAAUUGUCAGAACUGUGAAAGAAUCAACCAAGCCUGAGGAAGUAACCAAAAAGGAAGAAGUAAAAAAGUUUGUUGCUGCAGCUGAAGUUCCAGAUUUAGUGCCAAAUUCUAAAUCUAUGAAGCUGUUGACAAGUGAUGCAUUGCAGCAUAGACAAGAAACUUUUCAGGAUUCAACUAUACAAUGUCCUUCGCCUAAAAAUCUUGGCUCUAGUUUUCAAGACAAACAGUAUAAAAAUAGGGAAGACGUAAACUCUCACCCUUUUGACUUGGAGCGUUGCAAGAUAAACAUGGUGAAAAUUAAGAACCUGGAAAAUCACCAUGAUGUUACAGGAAAUGGUGAAGAUCAUCAGAAUAAACACUAUAUCCAAGAUGUCAAUAAAUCUCAAGAUACUUCCGAAAAAGGCAGUGUUAUAAAGAAAGUUCCAUUUUCAAACAAUCCAGGAUUCGAUAUAACAAUGUUUAGUUCGCCAUAUGAGAGAAGAUUGAGUGCAAAUUGUGGAAGAUCUCACUUGUCACCUUUUUACAGUGGGAAAACAAGAUUCGGGGGAGCUUUGUCUCAGAAAUCAAAAUUGAAUAGUUCUGCUCCAAAUUUGAACCGUGUACCCUAUGUAGUACGGCAAAAGAUUAAGGCAAAGGCAAGAAAUCGUUCCUCAACAACCUCUGCUAAAAGAAUCCUGGAAACACUGCAAAAAAUAUCAACACCAAUGCAUGUUGAAUUAUCUGAUGUGAGGACAGAAUUCACUCUGCCAUCUGAAAAUAUUGAAAGAAUGAGGUUUCGGCUUUUUGAUGAGAAAGGUGGAAACCUAGAUGAUGACCCAAAAAAUUCCAUGGAUAUUAGCUUUUCAUUUUCCUCACCUGAUGCAAAAAAAGAUAUUUCAAAUGAUUUUCUUCGACUGCCAAAAAUGGAUUUCAUCUUUAGUAAUCCUAUUGGAGUACACAAUACGUCUUUAUCAGCUGAUCAAACCAUUGCUACAAAAACUUUAUUCGGGUCCUAACAAAUUUCAGAUCUGGAAAAGAGAUUAAAAUUUCGACAACGAUAUAGUGGCAAUUGCAUGAUAUUGAUUUUAUUUUUACUGUAAUUUAUAAUGAAUAAAUCAAUUCAAAGCACAA